AUGGCAGCUCACGGAGAAGCGUCGCCUUCUCCUGCGCAGGCGGCGCCGUACUCUUCCGCCCCUUCCACGGACGCUCUCUCGCCGCCCUCACGGGUGUUGCACUUCCAAGUCGGCGGAAUGCGGUGCAGAAGCUGCGCCAGGAAAAUCGAGGCGACCUUGAAAGACACUUUCUCCCCACACAUCGUCUCUGUAGACGUAAACGUCCUGGAGGGACGCGUGACGGUGUGCGUGGCAGACAGCCGCCCGCCGGCUGAGACCGCUUCACCCACCGAGGCAGCCACGCACUCGGCUGUUGGCCGCGCCAUCGAAGGGCUUGGAUUCCAAGUCGCGUUGACUGACGACGCCUCGGCUUCGCCUCCGCCUUCGUGCUGCGCGUCUGCGACUCCGCUCCCCUCCCCUUCUGCCGAGUCUUCCCCCGCUGCUCUCGCGUCGCCGCCCGCCGAGGGCCUCAGCGCCCGCAGGAGUGGACCCGCAUUUGAGGCCGUGCGCUUCGCCGAGUUCCGCAUCCAGGGAAUGACCUGCGCUUCGUGUGCGAGUCACAUCGAGACCUACGUGAAGAAGAUCCGCGGCGUUCGCGGUGUGACGGUGAAUCUCGUCCUCGAAACGGCCACGGUGGAGUAUCGGGCCUCGCCCUCGUUCCCCCCUGCGGUGACGGCUGACGAGAUUCGACAAAAAAUUGACGCACUCGGAUAUCGAGCGACUGAGGAGGAGCCCGAGCGGGGGGUGGCGGGGACGACUGGCUUCGAUUUCUCGGAGGCCCGUGCCGCCCACUCAGCCAACGCCUCCGCGGCUCCUACGGCGACACUGCAUUUGUGCCUUCGCCCCGCUUCGCUGCCGCCGCCGCAGAGCUCGCAGGCGGACGCCGACGCACUCACGUCGCGCGCCUCCUCGCCCCCUCGGCCGUUCUCUCCGCUCACCUCCUCGCUCCCCCUGCACGCGAGCGCCGAGCCCCUCCUGCAUGCGGCGCUGUCUCCGCAGGUGCGCCCGCCCGGGGCGCCGAUUUCUGCGGGCCUCCUCUCCCCGCUCUCGACGCCGCCGGACAACGCUGGCGUCCCUGUCCGCCUCGCCUCGUCGCCUGUCUCUGCGGCGUCUGCGCUCUGUGCGCGGCGCGCAUCGGCCGCCUCGCCCUCGGCCGCCGCCUUUGCGCGCUGGCUGGAGGCGCAGCCCGGCGUCGUGUCGGUCCACACGGCGCCUGGGAAGGAGGCGACGGUGGUCGCGCGUCGUCCGCCCGCCGCCUCCAACGCCUUCGUGCCCUCCGUGUUGCCGGUGGGCUCGGCGCUGUCGCCUGCGCUGGACGCGCGAGACGGGGGGGAGGGAUGGGAGUCGCAGCUGCACCUUCCCGGGGUGAAGAUUGUUUACAGCCCCGAGCGCGUCGGCGCGCGCGAGCUCCUCGAGCGCGCGCGCGAAGAAGGCUGGAACGUCACGUGGGACGCCACGGGGAAGCACAAAUUCGGCGACCUGCAGCAGGCGGCGCAGGAAGAACGACGCCUCACCCGACAGUUCCUCGCUGCCGCAUUCCCCGCCGCCAUUGUCUUCACAAUGAUGAUGAUCAUCCCCAUGGCCGCCUAUCCCGCUUGGAUGUGCUCCCCAGUGCUGCCAGGGAUCUCGCUGCGCCUCCUCGUCGCGCUGCUGCUGACGACGGCGGUGAUGUAUGGUCCAGGAUGGCGCUUCCACCGCGCCGCAUGGAAGGCCGCGCGCCAUGGAGUCGCGAACAUGAACGUGCUCGUUUCCCUCGCGACGAAUAUCGCGUUUCUCUACUCGCUCCUCGUCGUGCUUUUCACCAUUCACGUUUCCGCGACGACGCGGUGGUCCUGCACGCUGCCGUUCUUCUCAGCGGCCUUCUCGUCCUCCUCGCUUCCCUCCCCGCGUGCGUUCCUACCGUCUCCGCUCUCUCCGCCUUCAGCCGUGCCUCUGUCGGCGUUGCCGAAGGCCUCAGACCUGCAGCUCACCCCCUCCGCCUUCUUUGCGCCGCACUGGGCUCUUGCCUCUGCCGCCGAAGGCGGUUCGCCUGCGGCUCGUCUGGAAGGCCCUGCCGGCGCCUGGUCCUCGGCGGAGGCUAGGGGGGAGGCGCGCGGGCCCGCCGGCCGAGCGGCGCAUGUAGACGGGCUCGAGAAGAAUUUCUUGGCUUUGGACCAGGAGGCCUUCGACGAAGAAUGGGAGCUCGUCUCGCCGAUUCUGCCUUCGCUCUCGCGGCGAUUCUCAUCCGUCUCGCGAGACCCCGCCGGGGCCUCCGACGCCGUGGAGGCCCCCAGCGCCGGAGGAGGGCGCCUUGGAGACGCACACGGAGAAGCAGCAACGGCGGAUUCAACAGCGCUCCUCGGUGUUCCAGGGGAGCUCAUUACGCUGUCGGUCCUCAGCUCCUUUGUCAACUUCUCUCCCUUCCAGCCGUCGUCUCCGCCUCUGCGGCCACUUCUCUUUUCUUCGCUGUCGCCCUUCGCCGCGUCCGCCGCCUCGCCUGACUCGUCCUUCUCGGGCGUCUCCACGCCGUUCUUGGAGCCUGCGCGAGCGCCGCGCUCGGCGCAUGUCGCCGCGGCGCUGCCGCGAGGCGAGGAGUCGUCACGUGGAGAUCCGCCGACGUUCUUCGAAGUCUCUGCGGUGCUGAUUUGCGUGCUGCUGCUAGGGAAGCUCCUGGAGGGCAAGGCGAAGCGUCGCGCCUUCGCGGCGCUCGACGAGAUCUCCGCCGCGCAGCCAGGGUUCGCCAUCUGGGCCCCUUCCGCGUCCGCAGCGCCGCGAGCCCCCGGCGAACGAGUGGCUGUCCAGUACCAAGUCGAGGACGAAAGAGUCCUUCCUGUCGAGCUCCUCCAGCUCGGCGACGUCGUGCGCGUCCCUCCUGGCGCAGUUGUCCCGGCCGACGGAGAGAAAAUCAACGCGGACAAAUCGCUGGUCAGCGAGGCGAUGCUGACCGGCGAGAGCCGCCCAGUCGCGAAGACUCAGGGCGCCUUCGUGCUGGGUGGGUCUGUCGUGGUAGGCGACCCCGGCGGCCUCAGAUCGUCUCCGCCGUCACCUUCUGGGGCCUCGGGCUCUGCGACCCCGACCGCCGCGGGCGAGAGCGACGGCGCCGCGCUGCUGCUCAUCCGCGUGGAGAAGCUCGGCAGCGCGAGCGCCCUGGGGCAGAUUCUGCUGCUGAUCAAGGAGGCGCAAAGCACCAAAACGAAGACGCAGGAGUUCGUCGACGGAAUCGCUGCGUACUUCGUGCCCGGAGUUUUGCUCAUCUCGGCCUGCACGACGGCGGUGUGGCUCGUCCUCCUUCUCGGCGGCUUUGUGGAGCCGCUGCUCCUUCACUUCGAUGAAGAGACGCUGAGAACGUACCCCGUGGCUUCGCGCGUCCUCGUCGCGCUGCAGUUCGGCAUCGGCGUCCUCUCCAUCGCCUGCCCCUGUGCGCUAGGCCUCGCUGCGCCCACAGCCCUGAUGGUUGGCACCGGCGUGGCGGCGCGUCAGGGCCUCCUGGUGAAGAGCGGGCAAGCCUUCGAGAUGGCCACGAAGCUGAGGGCUCUGGUGCUCGACAAGACCGGCACCGUGACUGAAGGGAAGUUCGAGGUUCGCGAAGUCGCGCUCCUGAGCUCGUCCUUCUCUGCGCUCGCGGCGCGGGCCGCAGCGUCGGACUGGCAGCGGCUUCUGGCGCCGUCGGCGCUCGCCUCGCCGUCCGUCUCCUGGUCGUCCCGCGCGGAUGACGCUGGAGACUCCUUCGACCCGCCCUCUUCCACCGGCGUCGCGACCUCCCCCAGUCCCGCCGUGAGAGACCUGAGCGCCUCAGACCGCCGAGCGUGCGCGGAUGGCGUCUCGCAGCCAGAAGCCCGAGGCGGAGGCGCGUGCUGCCCGUCUUCGCGGCCGUCUGCGCCUCCCUCGCCCGUCUCCUCGGCCGAGCUGCGCGACAUGGUGGAUGCGUUCGUGUGGAUUCUGGGCGUCGCAGAGCGCCACAGCGAGCACCCGAUAGCCGCGUCGCUGAUGUCUUUCGUCCUCGCACGCAAAGGCCUGCCUCCACUCUCCGCGCCCUCGUCCUUCAAAGCGCUGCCUGGGCGAGGCUUGUCGUGCCGAAUCGGCGACCUAGCAGUGGAAGUCGUCUCGACAGCCGCUGCUCAAGCGAAAUCGGAUUCUCAGCCUUCGCCUUCGUCAGCGGGCGCUCUUGCGUCGUCCGCUUCCUCGCCCUGCUGCAGCUCAGCGUCGUCCUCGUCGUGCUGUGCAAAGGAGUCCGAGCAAGCGCCCAGCGCGCGUGGGUCGGAGGCGCGAGAGACGGUGACGGCGGAGGGAGGCUGCGACAACAGCGCGUGCGUGUGUCGUCCCUGCCGCUGCCGCGUGGGCGGCUUCAACUGUGGCUGUCUGGACCCGCAAGUCGCGGCGAUGACUCCGGAUUUUUUGAAAUUGCAGGCGUGGGCGGAGGCGGAGCAGCGUGUCGGCUCGACGGUGACGCUCCUUGUGGUGAAUCAGAUUUGCCUCGGCGCCGUGGCUCUGCGCGACGCGAUCAAGCCCGAGAGCCGCGCCGUCGUGUCCCUUCUCCAAGAGACGCUCGGCGUGGCCGUCUGGAUGUGCACCGGGGACAGCCGCGCCACGGCGCUGGCGACCGCAGACGAGAUUUCGCUGCCUCGUGACCGCGUCGUCGCGGAGGCCAAGCCGUCUGCAAAAGUCGACGUUGUCGCGAGGCUCCAGCGCUCCCCUUCUGGUCAGCGCACGCACUUCGUGGGCAUGGCGGGCGACGGCGUGAACGAUGCUCCCGCCUUGGCCCACGCGGACCUGUCCAUAGCGAUCGGCGCCGGCGCAGAUCUCGCGCUGACCGCCGCGGAUGUCGUCGUCCUCAAGUCGAGACUCACGGACGUCGUCACCUUCCUUGAGCUCUCCCGCGCAGUGCUCCUCACGAUUCGCUACAGCCUCGUGUGGGCGUGCGUCUUCAACGUGGCGGGCAUCCCGCUGGCCGCCGGCGCCCUGUUCGCGUACCGCGUCUUCGUGCCACCGGCCCUCGCGGGCGCCAUGAUGGCGCUAAGCUCGGUGCUCGUCAUCUCCAACGCUCUCCUCCUCCGGCGAUUCCGGCCGUCUCUCCGUCAUGCGUCCGCUUCUCGCGCGAGAGCCCCUCCCGGGUUCUCGAUGCGCGUGGCGGCUUUUUUUUCGCGCGUGUUCGUCUGUUUUUUCUGCGUCUCUGCGGGACCGCGGCGACGGCCGAGUGCAUCCGAGCGGCGCCUUCGGAGCUCUUCACUCGUCCGCGGAGCCCUUCGCGGCUGA